AUGCCAGCAAGAUCUAGCGAAGAAGAGAGAACGAAGGAGAAAGGGGAUAAAGAGGACAGGAAGAAAGAGAGAGGAGGAAGACGGGGAGAGAGCCUGGCGAACAUGAGGAGACAGGCAGGGGGCUGGGUGAGGCAGAGCCUCUGGGGAGGAGAGGAGGAGGCAAACGACUUGGUGAAACUUUUGCUGGAGUCCCUGACCGGGGUGUCGCGUCUGCCUGAAGGACGAACACCGUCGAGUGAAUCCCCUGGACUGCGAGAGGAGAGAAGCGCGAAAUAUGUCUCCCAGGAGCGAGGAGCAGAGACGCCUCUGCGUCUGGUCUCAUGCCUACGAGCAUCUAGCCUAAUAAAGCCUCCUCCCAAUUUAACAAACCUGAGAGCCGGUCUCGCCCAGGAUAUCAUCUUCACAGCCGCUGCGCCUCCUGCCAGGUUGACUGCAUUAGAAGUCGACUUCGUUGAUCUGACGAAGGAACAGCCAAGACUGAUACAAGACAGGCGAACGUAGAAGGCGAAGGAAACGACUGGCUCCACUCUAGCGUCCCCCCCCUCGAACCCCCUAAGCCCCCGCCCCACAACACACCGAGAGACGCGCGUCUGUCUCGCGGGAAAAUUCAAAAGAGACACUCUGGUGUAACGCUUCUGCCGGGAGUUUGGAUUCUUCGCGACGCACAAACUCCUUUUCCUGACCUCGAGAGGAAGUAAGAAACAUAGCAGGCUCUGAAAACUCUCAAAAGAAUACGCGCUUGAUCGUCUUCAGUGCUGGCAAGCUGCGAUCUGCCCCUCUUGGUUUCUCAUACGCCGUGCUAUCCCCGACUUUCCUUCGCAGACCUUGUCUCCAAAAUCUCCCUCUUCACACUCUCCCUUGAAGAACAACCUCGUCACCUCGUCAUUCCCUUCUCCAUCUUCAUUCCUCUUUUGUGUACGCAAACACACAACAAAC